AUGGCAAAGAAGCGCAAGGCGUCGGCCAAUUUGGCUGUGAAUGGCGCCAGCCAGGCCAAAAAGAAGCAAAAGGUCGAGGAGACAUCGGGAAAACUGCUCAUUGAGUGGCUAGAAGCAGAGACUUUGCUACUCAAGAGGCUACUUUACAGGGGUUUUGGAAGGUCAUACUCUAUCGAAUCAUGGAGGAUGAGUGGAGAGUUGACGUUAAAUGUAAAUGGAAAAUGUGGUGAUAAGGGACAAUGUAACUGCUUAGGUAAGGAUGGCAUACCUGGCCUAAAGGCCAAAAAAGAGACUAACCAACCGGUAAAUGGCUUCAUUAAGGUUACACAUAAUGUUAAGAAUGGAGGCACAUUUACUCUUAGUGGAACUCUUAACAAUGGAAACCAGAUAAGGGGAAAAGGAAGAACAACAGUAGGAGGUCCUAUACAUGGUGUCGAGGAGGUCUCUGUUUACUACUGGGUCGGGAAUGACAGAGAACCUAUCUUGCUUGGAAUUACUACUGGGGGUGAUAGUGGUAAACCCACCUACUAUUCAUAUACCAAGCAAAGUUUUAUUAAUGGAGUAUUAUAUAAAAAUUUUUGGUCACAUGCUGGUAAUGAUGCUAGCAAAGGACUUGUACAGCUGCUGGAUUUGAGAAACUGCCAAAGGAACAGUGCCGUUGUAUUUAACAUACAGGACCCUCGACACGGUUCUUUCACUGAUUAUUCUACAUCUUACUGUAAAAGAGUAACCGGAAAUAUCACAGAAUCAACAUUGGGACAAUCACCCAAUCCCCCAGGUAGUGACUAUGUUACUAAAACUUAUACAAUUAAAGGUGGAAACACAAAAAUUUCCAGAGUUUCCUAUAAGAACCAGCCUAUUGGUAUUCCUACUAUUAGUGAGGUAAUAAAUGUAAUAACGCUCUAUUCAUAUCCAAGUGCCGUGAAUGUACCUCUUAUGAUUGAGUUCAAGCCGCCUAACGGAAAUUCCAGAUGGUUUGAGAGUCAAGAUACAAGUGGUGCUAACUGGACAGGAUAUGGUAAUGAUAACAAUGGAUUCUACGAUAAAAACAAUUCUCAACUCACUGCAAAACUUUCUGAACAUCUUGACGAAGUAUUAUGCUCACGACAUAACAAUGUUACCCUUGACCUAUCAUACAGUAAAUCUACUAGUAAGCGGUCAUACUGUUGUACUCAGCAUAAAGAUGAAAAGAAAAUCUCUGUUCAGGAUGUAUCCAUUUCUUGUGUACAACAUGGACAUGGUUCAAGCUCUAUUACAGCCCACAAGCAUACUAUUAAUGAUGGUAAAUUUGGUGUGGCUGGUAUCUAUUACAACGGUGGCAAUGGCUCAAGGAAGAGGAGGAAUAUAAAAUUACACGGAUCGCCAUUCCCAAUAUCAGGUAUACAAAGUGUAUAUACGUUUUACUGUAACCUGGAAAAUCCGGUACUUAUUUAUGUUGAAAGUGAUGGCAUGGCCAAAGGAUGGUAUAAGAAGGGUACUGGGAAUGAUCCAUGGACAUGGAAAGGUGGUAUUCAUAAAAGCAUAACAACAACCGAGUUACAGAAUGGAAUGGAUUGCAUAAAGUUGCAGAAGCUUAGGAAAUAUCUAAAAGAUUGUGGUUGUAAUGGUUUGCAAGAAUGUCCUGAGAGUAGUAAUAAAGUUACUGAUGAAAAACUAGAAAAGGAACUCAAAGAAGAAGCCGAGAAAGCAGAAAAGGAACGAAAUGAAGAAAUAAGGAAACGAGAAGGGGGUAAAACUCCUGUUCCUACUCCUUCUGUCUCUCCAGGUAGUGAAAGCUCUGGAAGUAGUAGUGGAGUAUAUGGGUCAUCUAGUAGCGAUUCUGAUAUAUCCUUACCUCAAAAAGGAGAAAUUGCUCCACCUCCUCCUAGUAAUGGCGCUCAUAGACCUAAUGGUGAUAGUGUUGAUAAAGCUGCGGGAGCUGGAGUAAACCUUGGACCAUGGAAGGCGGCUGGAGGAGCUCUUGGUAAAGUUGUUAGUCCUGUAAUAGAUGGAUCAGUUAUAGCUACUGGACUUGGACUGUACGCUGCUGAUGAGAUUAUCGGAAAGGUAGUUAAACUAGCUGUAGAGACUCUUGGUGAUAGUAGAGCUGCUUCUGAAGUUACUGAAGCUAAUUCUGGUGCUCCUGGAGGAGGUAAAUCUGCUGCCACUCCUAAAGAUACUCUUUCUGGAGUUGGUGCUGAAUCUAAUGCUCCUCCUGAAGGACCUACUGGUAAAGAUGUUGACAGUGUUUCUCCUGGUCAAGAAACUGGAGCUCCCCCUGCUACUACUCAAGCUGAAACUACUAUUGCUGGUACAAUUACUAAUUCCUCUACUGAAUUAGGUUCUAUUCCUGCUUAUUCUGAUCCUGAAUCUCCUCUUACUCAAUCUACUGCUGCUACUGAAUCUCGUGCUAAAGAAGGUCAUCCUCAAACUGCUCGUCUUGAAGCCUCUUCUGUUGCUGAAACUUCUCAAACUAACUCUUCUGAUUGGAAAGUAAUUUUCGGGGGCUCUGCCUCUGCCACUGUUGUAUCUGGUUCUCUUACUGGAUUUGGCUGGUGGGUAUUUAAACGUUCUAAAGGAGACCCUUGGGUACUACUAUUGAUGCUACCGCCACAAGCUCAUAAUCACCUAUCAACAUUAUGGCUCGCAGCUUGCAUACUCUCAUUCUGGCCAUGUGUACAUCUACCCACCUUCAACAUAUUUACACAAAUCUACAGAACCGAAAUCAGCACCGAUUCACGCCAUACAUCAAGUCUCUGGACACAACUCUGCGUCAUUUAA